AUGGCGAUCUCCCAUCUCAAUAACAAAGAAAUUGUCGACCAGAAAUUUUCAAUCAAGACGAUAACAAGUAAGAAAGAAGAGCCUCCCAGUCGCCAGGCUCUGAUUGAGGCUCUUCAAGCUGAGAGACCGUCGCCAUGGGCCCCGAAUUUAAGGAAACUGUACAUUUUCUGCGUGAUCGCUUUCCUUUGUUCGACAAUGAACGGUUAUGACGGGUCGAUCUUUGGAUCACUUCCUGCCCUGGAGUCGUUCCGGGAUCAGUUUGGAGUUGAGAAAAACGGCGCGAAGAUCGGUUAUAUCUCCGCCAUGUAUACCGUUGGAGGGAUCUGCUCAUUGCCAUUUAGUGGGCCUGCGUGCGACUUCCGCGGCCGACGAUGGGGUACCUUCGUGGGUUGCCUUAUUGUGGUGGCUUGCACUUUCCUCUCUGCUCUCUCUCAUGAAGUGCCUCAAUUUGUGGCUGGACGUUUCUUCCUCGGGUUCGGCGUGAAUAUCGUGCGAUCUACCAGCUCUAUCUGGUGCGCCGAAGUCUGCCCCCCGGCAUAUCGUGGCAUCAUCAUGGCGUUCUAUAACUGCACCUAUGCGGUUGGGUCGCUCAUUGCCGCCGGGGUGACCAGAGGGUCCGCGGGAUACGCAGGCAAUAAGUCCUGGCAAAUUCCCUUAUGGUGUCAGAUGAUCUGCCCUGGAAUUGUGCUCCUGACGGUCCUCUUCUUCCCCGAAUCUCCUCGGUGGCUCUAUUCCCACGGCAAGGAAGAGCAAGCGAUGGAAUUCCUAACGAGAUACCACGGCGAAGGCAAUCCCGCCCAUCCUCUCGUGCAACUACAACUGCAGGAGUACCGGGAAUUCAUAUCUCUGUCUGGUUCAGACAAACGCUGGUGGGACUUUCGCGACUUCUACACGACCAAAGCUGGACGAUGGAGGUUCACCAACGCUUUGAUCACGGGCAUCUGGGGCCAAUGCUCGGGCAACGCGGUGGUCACCUACUAUCUCCCCGCCAUGCUUCUGACCACCGGCAUUACCGACUCGAACCAAGUCCUGAAUGUGAAUCUCGGCUACACCGUAGUCUCCACUGUUGCGUCCUACCUUGGAGCCAGCCAGAUUGAGAGAAUAGGUCGCCGACCGACCAUCAUCGGGACCGCCAUUGCAUGUUCCAUUUGCUUCGCCUGUAUUACGAUCGGCUCCGGCGUGUUUGCUCAUACUCAGGCGACCCCAGCGGCCUCUGCUGGGAUUGCAUUCAUCUUUAUCUUCGGAUUCUGCUACAACUUCGGCAUGACGCCUCUUCAGGCACUUUAUCCGGUUGAGGCCCUCUCGUAUGAGACGCGUGGCAAAGGGGUCGGGCUUGCGUUCUCCAUUGCACACGGAUUCACCUUGCUGAAUCAAUUUUGCUUUCCGGUGGCGCUCAAGAACAUUGGCUGGUACACGUAUAUUGUCUUCAUUGUGUGGGAUCUGUUCGAAGCCGCCGUCAGCUAUGUUUUCUCCGUCGAGACUAAGGGGCGUACCUUGGAGGAGCUAUCCGAGAUCUUUGAGAGUCCCAAUCCCGUCAAGGCAUCUCUCCAAAAAGCGCUCUAG